GACACACAAUCACUCAACACUCAACACAACAUCAACUUUAUUCACAAAAACAAAAGUAAUGGUAAUAGUGUUGUUUGUCGUGAUUUACCUAAAGGAAUCAAACUUUGAAAGCUAAAUUAGAAUAAGUAUAGAUUUUCGGCAUCAAAUUAACAAUUAAAAAAAAAAUUGCUUAUCAUUGUUUUUCGAAAUUUAUUGUUUACUGAUAACAUUUGCCGUACAUACAUACGUAUAAGAAUUAAAGAAAAACCUAACAUUUUCUACGAAUAGAAUUCGCACCAACAAAACUACCAAUAUAUAUUUAAGCAUUUCCAGUAAAUGUAGAUACGGUUUUUACAUAACAGGACUGCUUUUCUACUAGUAAUCGCGGGCAGUGCGGGCGAUGUGGCGCGGCGCGCGGGCUCGGGUCGCGGCGGCGCUGGGGCUCGCCGCGCUGCUGCUGUGGGCCUGGGGCGCCGCCCCGCCACGCUCGAGCGACCGACAGGCGCCAGUCGCCGGACGCGACUUGCCGCUCAUCUUCAUCGGCGGCGUACCGCGCUCCGGCACCACGCUGAUGCGGGCCAUGCUGGACGCACAUCCGGACGUGCGCUGCGGCCAGGAGACGCGCGUGGUGCCUCGCAUCCUGCAGAUGCGCGAGCACUGGGCCCGCUCUCAGAAAGAAAGCGUGCGUCUCGAGCAGGCCGGAGUCUCCCGCGCCGUGCUCAAUAACGCCAUCGCGGCCUUCUGUCUCGAGGUGAUCGUGCGGCACGGCGACCCGGCACCGCGGCUCUGCAACAAAGAUCCGCUCGUGCUCAAGAUGGGUACGUACGUGCUGGAGCUCUUCCCGAACGCGAAGUUCCUGUUCAUGGUUCGAGAUGGGCGCGCCACCGUGCACUCCAUCAUCACAAGGAAGGUGACCAUUACUGGAUUCGACCUGACGAGCUACCGGCAAUGUCUCACAAAGUGGAACCAUGCCGUGGAACUGAUGUACCAACAGUGCAAGACGAUGGGAUCAGACAAAUGUCUUAUGGUGCGCUAUGAGUCGCUCGUGUUGUGGCCGCGGGAGACGAUGCGACAGGUGCUUGACUUCCUGGAACUGCCCUGGGACGAGGCGGUGCUGCACCACGAGCAGUACAUCAAUCAGCCGAACGGAGUUGCGCUAUCCAAUGUGGAGCGGUCGUCGGACCAGGUGGUGCGCGCAGUGAACCGCGACGCGCUGGACAAGUGGGUGGGCGCCUUGCCGGCCGACGUGCGGGCCGACAUGCCUCAGCUGGCGCCGAUGCUGUCGGUGCUGGGCUACAACCCGUGGGACAAUCCGCCGUCCUACCACGCGCAUUCGCCGCCGCCCGCUCUCGAUACCUAAACGACACUAAUUCUAAUGCUCACUUCCAAAGAUAUAAUUGCCCGCGUGUUGUUGAUGUGAGAAAUUUAAAUUGUAUUAACGAUACGUAACCGUGAAUAAUUCGCAUCACCGACGCUAGUCUCUUGAACUUCGCCUUAUCGCUGCGAUAAGAUGGUCUUUACAUUACGAAAAUUUACGAUGUUAUCGGCGACUCGGACGUUGAAUAUUUAAUUAGAAUCAAUUUAAGAAGAACCCGACACGAACCGUCGCUGCAUCGGAACGGUUGGUUAAAAUUGAUACAAACUAAUUUGUGUUUCAUGAAAUUGGAUUAUAAUUUAAUACACCUUGAUUUUAUAAAUUCCACAAUAGUAUCAAUGGCUUAUACAAAUUAUAAAGAAAAAGGUUCCGUACCUAAAUCGGCCGUAUCUUCGAAGAAAUAGGGCCCGCGCAGCGCCAUCUCCCGCACGACGCGACCGGCACGCGCCCGCCACGCGCCCGCACGCGCCCGCACGGGCUGCGCCGCCGCUGCGAGAGAUGGCGCUCUACUCAUCCAUGUAUCAAUGUUUUAUUUUGUGCAAUAUUACAUGGUUUGUUUUAAAUAAGGUGCUAUCAUUAUAGGUAAUUAUUACUUUUUGUGUUCGUUAUGAAAUUAAUGUUGUAAAUAAUCCAGGACGAAUAAUCUCAUAAUAAAAUAAAAUGAGCAUUG